CAUGGCCUACUGCGUCCCUGUUAUAAAAAGAACAAAACUAAAAUGCCACAAGCUUGAAAUCUUUCUCGAUAGUCAAGAGAGAAAUCCUUGAGGAGUGGUAAACAAGUUACGUCACACAGUAACAUUUCCGGAGCACACCUAACAAAUGGUCUCAUUUCCGGAGUACAUUUGAUAAAUGGAUAUUCGUCUGAAUAGUUGAGUGAAUUCAGUUUGGCACAUACUUAGUUUGUCUGCAGUAAUAACAGAGUUUUAAAGCAGAAAAUAUGAAGUUUUAUGUUACAACUUUGGUGAUAAGUUUACAAAUAUGCAGCUGCAUUAUCUGGUCGGUGGGUGGUCAAGACAACAGGUGUAAAGGCUACACAAUUAAUAACUAUUAUGGAAUCACAAGGGCAGAUGGUUUAAAUACAUCAUCUACACAAGCCCGUGGGCCUCCGGGGCGUCCAGGAAAAAAAGGUCCUAUUGGGCAAACUGGACCUAAGGGUGACAGAGGUGUACCAGGACUAAGAAAUGAUCUUUUAAGUCGACUACCAGAACUAAAGAACCUUUUAACACCAAAGACAUGCAGCUAUCUUACUGGAAUUCCUGGGUUUAACCCUCAGAAUGGAGACUACCUUAUUCAUCCAAGCCCAACAAAAGUUCUACCUUUAUCCGCGAAUUGCAACUUCUCUGGAAUAGCAACAACAAUUAUUGGCCAUGAUGCAUUAAAUGAGGAAAAAAUUUCCUCAUGCAACCCACACAAAUGUUACAGGAGAUCUGUGCAAUAUGAAGCUACUAUUGAGCAAAUUACAGCCAUGAUAAAUGCUUCUCUACACUGCCGACAAUUUAUUAAGUACCGAUGUAUUGAAUCAUACAUGCUCCAUCCAGUACAUGGACCUUCAAGCUCAUGGACUAGCAGAAGCGGAAAUGAAAUAGGUUACUGGGGAGGUGCACAAAGAGCGGGGUAUUGUGCAUGUGGAGAAUCGGGAACCUGCGUGGAUCCUACUUUUAAGUGCAACUGUGACAGAAAUACUGUAGUAGAAACUUCAGAUGAGGGCUACAUUACAGACAAGGAGCUGUUGCCAGUAACAGGGAUGGCGUUUGGAGAUGCAGGCGAUAGUGGAGAGCAUGGCUGGCAUACAUUGGGGCCCUUGGAGUGUUGGGGUAGAAACUAAUUAUAUGGAAAAAAUAUAAAAACUAAUAUUUCGAGAAAAAUAAUUUCGCCAUUGCCUUUUUGCAAAACUAAAUUACCUUUUCCGAAAUAUUAUAAGCGUGUCUGAUAUUGUACUAUAUAACCGAACUAUAACCCAUCAGUCAAACAAAUAAGAAUUUCAUUGUUAUAACCAUUUCACAAUACAGACAUUGAAUAAAAAGUGUAGAUAAUGUAA